UUGAGAAUAUAGGUCGAAAUCCUGCUCCAUUUUCAACAAGUUACAGUAUGUAACAAAUGUCAUUUGGAAGUUGUGAUUUGGGGAGUUGGUAUUUAUAAUUUGUGAAUUUUUAGUUGUUUAAGUAAUACUUUUUGUGUAGUUGAGAAGUUGAUAUUGUGUUUUGGCGGUCUCCUCCUGUAUGAGUGGGUGAAGUCAAGCAACAGAAAGAGCGGCAAUAGAAAUCACUCGGCCGCAGACCAAAUGAACUGUAGCGGACCCUCACUAAUUGCUGUUGCAAAUUCACACCACUGCUGAAUGCUGAUGCUUAUGAUGCUGACUGACUGAUCUGAAUGAGAUAAUUCAAUCUGAUUACAUGAAUGACUGAAAAUCAAAUGGAAGCCUCAACAACAGCAUUCAGGGCUAGUUCGGCGGAUCAGACCCUUAGAAACUUCCAUACUAGACUGACAGUGGGUCAAGAGUUCAUUAGUAGUAAAUUUGACAGUUUGGACUAUGAUGUUCUGGAGAAUUCAGUAUACUUACAUCGGUCCCGGAAAACCAACUAUAAAAUGUAUAGUUUGAAUGUUGUACGGCGGUAUUUCAAUUUCGCCCUCCUUGGUGCUAUAACCGGGAUCAUUGGAGCCGGUUCCAAUCUCAGCAUUCAUUUUAUUGGUCACGAUAAAAAUGGCUUUCUUGCAAAAUUGGGCAACAGCUGUGAUUUGGAAUUUGAAUGCUUGUCAUAUCUAUUUCUAUGGUGGAUGGGGCUAAUUCUUUUCAUCGUAUUCAUCGGAGUCUUUCUUGUUACUUACAUCGAGCCAGGAGCUGCAGGAGGAGGUGUUUCAGGAGUAGUGGCCUAUCUGAACGGGGCCAACAUUCCCAGAAUCCUGAAUGCUCAAGUCAUCAUUCACAAAGUGGCCAGCAUGAUCUGCACUUGUGUCUCGGGAAUCACUGGUGGUAAGGAAGGACCAAUGAUCCACAUAGGAGCAGUGGUCGGUGCGAACUUGGUGCUGGUGCCUCGGAAGUUGACCGACUCAUGUUGCAAGAUUUUCCACUUCGACCACGAGAUCCGAGACAUGGUGGCGGGGGGAGUGGCUGCCGGGGUCGCCGCUGCUUUCGCCGCACCUAUGGGUGGUCUUUUCUUAGCAAUUGAAGAGAGUGUCAGCUUUCUGAGUGUCUCUUUGAUGAUCAAGAUUUUCAUAGCAGCCAUGUCUUCUUCUUGGUGUGCCAACCUGAUAAUGUCUCUCCAUACUAAGGACCCAGGCAAUGCUGGAUCCGAGGAUAUCCUGUAUAUGGGCUUGAUAACACAGGACGAACUGAGGUACACGUGGUACGAAAUACCAAUUUUCAUUCUCAUUGGAGCCAUUGCUGGAUUGUUCGGUGCAGCAUGGGUGAUGAUUCAAAAAUUUGCCACCGUUAAACGCAGGAAAUACAUUGGAGCAAACAAGCAUAAAAAAAUGUUGGAUGGAUUAUUUGCUGCUAUCCUAACAGGAGUGAGUCAUUUUGCUCUGUCUGUCUCAUGGGAAGAGUGUCGUCAAUUCACUUCUGUGUUUGGAGAAGGCGACACUGCUUUGAGUCAUGGAUGCCCGGAUGGUUAUCAGAAAGAUUUGACAUUCUUUACACUGAAUACUGGAGAGGCUAGUCUCAGGUGGUUGAUUCAUGAAGAUCCAGAUUCAAUAUCAACACUGGCAGUGGGAGUUUUACUCGUUCUGUAUUUUUCACUGGCCAUGUAUACAACGGGAAUCAGUAUGGCAAUUGGCAUUUUUGUGCCUAACUUGCUUUUGGGAGCUUUAUGGGGCCGAUUCAUAGUAUCCCUCUUGUACGUUCACUAUCCAGAUUUUGCAAACUUGGUAGAAGCAAAGAAAUACAUUUACAUGGCUUCCGCAGCCCAGCUGUGUGGCACUCUGCGACUGACUUUCAGCACAGUAGUGAUCAUGAUGGAGGUGGUUGGCAACAACUCCAUGGUUCUGCCCCUCAUGAUCACCAUCAUGGCAGCGAGAAUUGUCGGUGACUUGCUUUCCCCGCCGCAAUUCGAGCUGCAGCUGAUUUUGAGUGGAUUUCCUUUCCUUCCACCCGAUGCUCCACCCUUCUCCAGCGAAACUAAAAUAGAAACAAUCAUGACGAAAAGUGUCAGCACUUUGUCUCCUCAAAUAUCAGUCAGAGUAGCCAAUGAAACGCUCUCUGAAUAUAGUCAUGGAGGAUUCCCAAUUGUCAAUAAAAAGGUAAAAAAAAACGUCUAG